AUGGAAACCCCCCCAGGAAACCACCCCGCUAUCCCUAACCAACGCCCCCGCCGCCCCCCCUCCCUCCCACACGCACUACCUACACCCCCCGCCUCCCCACGCCCCGCCAGCGUGGCCAUACCCAUCCCGCCUGUGUCUGUUCUCUCCAUCCCCGCCACAAUCGCACGACUACUUACCUACCUCGACCCCACGCACCAGGACUACUAUCGGGUAGAACAACACCCCAACAUCCGCAAAGCCAUCUCGAUGUAUGAGAGCGGGGAACUGGACGGGUUGAGACAGGUUGCGAUUAUGAGGGGUGGGGUUAUGAAGAGGGAGGAGGCAUGGGAGGAGUCAUUUAGGAGAGGUAGGGGGGCGGGCUGCUGCUGUUGGAUUGAAGCUCGUGGGGAGUUUUUGCGGUUUGUGGAGGAGACG